AUGUCUUCCGUUAUCGUUUCAAACGUCCCAGACAAGGUUACCCCAGCUGAACUAAUUAAGUUCUUUUCGUUCGCCGGUCGUGUUUCAGAUUUGAGACCGUUAAGUGAAAAGGGCAAGUACCAAGUAGUAUUUGAAGAUCCAAAAGCUGUGUCCACUGCAUUAGUCCUCAACGACGCUGAAUUGGACAAUACAUUUAUUAGAGUUGAUGAAGAUUUAGAACUCACUGAUGGUGAACCUGGUGUUGCUCCUCAACAGGGUGGUGUUGAAAAAGAAAGACAAGAAGAUAUUCAAGCUACUUUGAGUGAUGCUUAUGGUCAAAUUAGACAUAAGUACUCCGCUGAUCUUCAUCAAGAAGAUAAGCCAAAAUAUGCUGUGUUGGCUGAGUUGUUGUCUCAUGGAUACUCCCUUUCCGAUGAUGUUGUUAAAAAGGCUGCUGACUUGGAUAAAAAGAAUGGUCUUUCUGAAAAUUAUCAAAAUUUCAUCAAGUCAUUAAAUGAAAAUAAGGAGAAAUGUCCAGUUAUUAGAGGUGAAGAGAAAAUUGGUAAAGCCUAUGAGAAUUCUGAUUUGAAGAAAUACUUUGAUAACUUGAGUGAUGAAAUUUCUCAUUCAAAGGGAGGUUUAACUGUUAGUCAAUUUUAUCAAAAGGUUGCUAAUGAUGUUAAUUCAAUUCGUGACCAAGCAAAGAAGUUGGCUAAAGAAAGACAACAUUCAAAAACUUAG